GCGCGCGGCGAAGCCGAGACAGCUCCCGCGGUGACGGCGUGCGAGGCGGAAAGCCGGCACGCUCACAGACCCGGGAAAGCCCCGGCGCCUCGGCUGCAAGCCGGGGUCCCUCGGAACCGCCGGGGAGCUCCGGGCUCCUCGUCUGGCUCCCCCUCCCGGGAGGGAAACCCCGGCUGCCAGCGGCUGGGACUCGGGGCCUCUCCCUGCGCCGUCCGAGCCCGCGCUCUGGGGCGCGGUAUCCUAGGGGUCGGUGGUGGGGCUUUCCUUGUUCCUUCAAGCGGCGCGGAGGAAGUCCUCCCCAGCCUCCCCCGCCCUGGCCCCCGUCCUCCUCCCGCCCGGACUUCGCGCUCCAGAUGCGCUGCCCCGCAUCUCCCUGACUGCUGCGAGCCGGCGAGCCCCAGUGGGCGGGCGGCGGCGGCGGCCUGACAUGCCCCGGACGCGGCUCCGGCCGGCGGGCAGCCCGCGGGGGCGAUGAGCCGCUGCGGCCGGUGAGGAGGCCCCGCGGCGGGGCAUCGCGCACCUUCCUCACUCCCCUCACUUCCCACUUGGCUCGGGAGGCCGAGAGGAAACGGUCUCUGGCCCGUCAGGAGGACCAUUGGUGCUGCAGUGGAAGCCAGCGGCUAAGUCUUGUGUAUGGCGUGGUUACGGUUGCAGCCUCUCACCUCUGCCUUCCUCCAUUUUGGCCUGGUUACUUUUGUGCUUUUCCUGAAUGGUCUUCGGGCAGAGGCUGGUGGCUCAGGGAAUGUGCCCAGCACAGGGCAGAACAAUGAGUCCUGUUCAGGGUCAUCAGACUGCAAGGAGGGUGUCAUCUUACCAAUCUGGUAUCCGGAGAACCCUUCCCUUGGGGACAAGAUUGCCAGGGUCAUUGUCUAUUUUGUGGCCCUGAUAUACAUGUUCCUUGGGGUGUCUAUCAUUGCUGAUCGCUUCAUGGCAUCUAUUGAAGUCAUUACCUCUCAAGAAAGGGAGGUGACUAUCAAAAAGCCCAAUGGAGAGACCAGUACAACCACGAUUCGGGUCUGGAAUGAAACUGUGUCCAAUCUGACCCUUAUGGCACUAGGUUCCUCUGCUCCUGAGAUCCUCCUCUCUUUAAUUGAGGUGUGUGGUCAUGGGUUCAUUGCUGGUGAUCUGGGACCUUCCACCAUCGUAGGCAGUGCAGCCUUCAACAUGUUCAUAAUCAUUGGCAUCUGUGUGUACGUGAUCCCCGAUGGAGAGACUCGAAAGAUCAAGCACCUACGAGUCUUCUUCGUCACUGCUGCUUGGAGCAUCUUUGCCUACAUCUGGCUCUAUAUGAUCCUGGCAGUCUUCUCUCCUGGUGUGGUCCAGGUUUGGGAAGGCCUCCUCACUCUCUUCUUCUUUCCAGUGUGUGUCCUUCUGGCCUGGGUGGCAGAUAGGCGACUGCUCUUCUAUAAAUACAUGCAUAAAAAGUACCGCACAGAUAAACACCGAGGAAUUAUCAUAGAGACAGAGGGCGACCACCCCAAGGGAAUUGAGAUGGAUGGGAAAAUGAUGAAUUCCCACUUUCUAGAUGGAAACCUGGUGCCCCUGGAAGGGAAGGAAGUUGAUGAGUCCCGCAGGGAGAUGAUCCGGAUUCUCAAGGAUCUGAAGCAAAAACACCCGGAGAAGGACUUAGAUCAGCUGGUGGAGAUGGCCAAUUACUAUGCCCUUUCCCACCAACAGAAGAGCCGGGCCUUCUACCGGAUUCAAGCCACUCGUAUGAUGACUGGUGCAGGUAAUAUCUUAAAGAAACAUGCAGCAGAACAAGCCAAGAAGACCUCCAGCAUGAGUGAGGUGCAUACCGACGAGCCUGAGGACUUUGUCUCCAAGGUCUUCUUUGAUCCGUGUUCUUACCAGUGCCUGGAGAACUGUGGGGCUGUACUCCUGACAGUGGUGAGGAAAGGCGGGGACACGUCCAAGACCAUGUAUGUGGACUACAAAACAGAGGAUGGUUCUGCAAAUGCAGGGGCUGACUAUGAGUUCACAGAGGGCACUGUUGUUCUGAAGCCAGGAGAAACCCAGAAGGAGUUCUCUGUGGGCAUCAUUGAUGACGACAUUUUUGAGGAGGAUGAACACUUCUUUGUGAGGUUGAGUAAUGUCCGCAUAGAGGAAGAGCAGCCAGAGGAGGGCAUGCCUCCAGCAGUACUAAACAGUUUUCCCUUGCCUCGGGCUGUCCUAGCAUCCCCUUGUGUAGCUACAGUCACCAUCUUGGAUGAUGAUCACGCAGGCAUCUUCACUUUUGAAUGUGAUACUAUUCAUGUCAGUGAAAGUAUUGGUGUCAUGGAGGUCAAGGUUCUGCGGACAUCAGGUGCCCGGGGCACAGUCAUCGUCCCUUUUAGGACAGUAGAAGGGACAGCCAAGGGUGGUGGUGAGGACUUUGAAGACACAUAUGGGGAGUUGGAAUUCAAGAAUGAUGAAACUGUCAAAACAAUUCACAUCAAGGUAAUUGAUGAUGAGGCGUAUGAGAAACACAAGAAUUACUUCAUUGAGAUGAUGGGCCCCCGCAUGGUGGAUAUGAGUUUUCAGAAAGCGCUCCUGUUGUCUCCAGAGGGGACAGACAGGAAGCUGACUGUGGAGGAAGAGGAGGCCAAGAGAAUAGCAGAGAUGGGAAAACCAAUAUUGGGUGAACAUCCCAAACUAGAGGUCAUCAUUGAAGAGUCGUAUGAGUUCAAGAGUACAGUGGACAAACUAAUCAAGAAGACAAAUCUAGCCUUGGUUGUGGGAACCCAUUCCUGGAGGGACCAGUUCAUGGAGGCCAUCACUGUCAGUGCAGCAGGGGACGAAGAUGAGGAUGAAUCAGGCGAGGAGAGACUGCCAUCUUGCUUUGACUACGUCAUGCAUUUCCUGACGGUCUUCUGGAAGGUGCUGUUUGCCUGCGUGCCCCCCACGGAGUACUGCCACGGCUGGGCCUGCUUUGUCGUCUCCAUCCUCAUCAUCGGCAUGCUCACCGCCAUAAUUGGGGACCUGGCUUCCCACUUCGGCUGCACCAUCGGCCUCAAGGACUCUGUCACAGCUGUAGUCUUUGUGGCGUUUGGCACCUCUGUGCCAGAUACGUUUGCCAGCAAAGCAGCUGCCAUCCAGGAUGUGUAUGCAGAUGCCUCCAUUGGCAACGUCACAGGCAGCAAUGCUGUCAACGUGUUCCUGGGCAUUGGUCUGGCCUGGUCCGUGGCCGCCAUCUACUGGGCCCUGCAGGGACAGGAGUUCCACGUGUCGGCUGGCACACUGGCCUUCUCUGUAACCCUCUUCACCAUCUUUGCAUUUGUCUGCAUCAGUGUGCUCUUGUACCGGAGGCGACCUCACCUGGGUGGGGAGCUUGGUGGCCCUCGUGGCUGCAAGCUGGCCACGACUUGGCUCUUUGUGAGCCUGUGGCUCCUCUAUAUACUCUUUGCCACGCUGGAGGCCUAUUGCUACAUCAAGGGGUUCUGAGCCACAGAACAAAGGCUCGAAGAGGGCAGGCCUAGGACUUCUCCUAAGAGAAGGGCACCUCCCCACCAGUGACCUCUCCAGGGUGAGCAGCCUGAAGAGGCAGCAUCAGGACCCACGCCCCGGAGCUUCACUCGACCUAGGCCCUGGCAGUGAACUGAAAGGGCAAAGUCUUAAUCAAGCAAACAGAAUGGAGGAAACACCCACUUUACAAAGUAUUUAAUGAAGUACAAACCAACAACAGCAACAAAUCCACCUCCACCCUAUCUUUCCACCCAUGUCCCCAGCUCAUAGCAAAGGUCAGA